AUUUCUCAGUACUUCCUACUACCCCGCACGACGUCUCUUUGUAUUGCUACAGACCAGCUCUACGUUUGCUAGAUAACAAGUCAAAAUCAUGGAUUUCCUCAAGAAGAAGAUGAAGGAGCUCAUGGAUGAUGACGAUAAGAAGCCAGCCGAUUCUCAUGGCGCUCCAGGCGGUGCUGGUCCUGGUGACCGCGCACUCUCUGAUGGCUACUACGGACAAAGUGGACACGGCGGCCCACCCCAAGAUCAAGGUUACCCGCCCCAGGGCCAUGGUUAUCCGCCUCAGGGUCCUCCUCAAGGGUACCCACCCCAAGGACAAGGUUACCCACCUCAAGGCUAUGGGCAACAACAACAACCAUAUGGUGGCCCUCCUACGCCCGUAGGCCCACCUGCGCCUUACGGAGCGCCUCCACCAAUGCCGCCAGGCUGGACACAGCAAUGGGACCAGAACAGCCAGCGCUGGUUCUACAUUGAACAAGCCACUGGUCGCACACAGUGGGAUCCUCCUUCGCAUCUGCCACCUGGCCCAUAUGCUCCUCCUCCCGCAGGCGCACCUUACAUGCCACCCGGUGGUCACGAUGAACGUGGCCUUUUCGGAAACACCCAUGGCCACCAGGGACACGACUACACGCCAUCUGGAGCAGCCACCAACGAGGCCGAAAAGAAGAAGAGCGGCCACUCUACUGCCAUGCUCGCUGCCGCUGGUGUCGGCGGUAUUGCAGCCGGUGCCUUUAUUGGCCAUCAACUCGCUGACGACAGCGACGAUGAGAGCAAGCAACAGUCGUAUGCUCCUCCACCUGCGGCUCCUGCUGCGGCUGCAGGUGGCUACGGCGCUGACCCUGGUUACGGAGCGGAUCCUGCUUAUGGUGCGCCUCCUCCAUCGGAUCCUUAUGAGAACCACCCGGCCUUUGAAGAACCUCCCCCAGUCCCAACCCAUGACGAGGACGGUUCCUCCAUCUCAAGUAGCGAUCGGGAGUCUAUGGAGGAGAAGCGCGAGGAACUCAUCGAAGCGCAGGAGGCCUAUCAAGAAGAACUUGAAGAGAACUACGAGGACUAACCGCGGCGGUUUUCGUUGGCUGAUCGUUUCGUUUGGAUCGGUCGGUAUCGAAGUAUGUGUUCACGAGCGUAACGGCAGGUAUUUCCUAACACUAGUCAUGAAACAUGGGUUAUUGUCAACAUAGCUUCAGCCAACUUGUGAUUCUCUCACUCGAAGAUGGAAAGGGGAGCAUAAUGAGAUAGAAGUGAAUUUCAGAUUUGUAUCAACAAACACUAAGAGCAAUACCACUUAACU